AACGGUAUAGCGUGCAUGGUCGUGUCCUUGGCGAGAAACGCUGGAAGGACGUUGGCAGGAAGGUAUAUAAGGACCCGCGUGGCCGUGCUGGGGCUUCAGUUGGCCGCCGACCACGCCACUUUCACAACGAUGGCGUCGCCGCGACUGUGUGUGUUGCUCCUGCUGGCCGCUGCCGCCGGGACCCGUUAUAGCGAGGCCUCCUUUAUCCCGAACACAGUCGAGGGUCGCCUCGUUGUGCCCGACACGGCAAGGAUUGAUAACUCGCUUCUGAAGGAGGCCCAGGCGGACAAGUUCCUCUCCCUCUGGUUCAUUUACGUCUUGGCUGAUCCUGUGCACACCUCCACUGAACCCUGGACGCUGUUAAUCCCCAAGAACAGCGGCCUCCCGAAGAGCGGAGGCUUCCUGGUCGACGCCGCGGCCACCAGGGACGUCCUCCUCAACCACGCCCUCCUCGGGGAUGUGGUCGAUGCCCAGAACCCGCCCACGACGCCUGUGAAGACGCUCUCUGGAACGCCCGUCAUCUUCACUACGGAUGGAGCGAACACCUUCGCGAACGGCGUGCAGCUGACCGGCGAGGAAUACAAGGUCGCGGACGGCAUCGUGUACGUGAUCGACAGCGCCCUCCCCAUCGUCAGCCCUUCCGAAGUCGCCUCGCGCCCUUCCCUCCUGCCCACGCCCGACUCUGAACCCACGACCCUGCCGCCACUGACCCACCGCUUCGCCACCUUCAAGCCCCGCCGCGGCACGCCCUCGGACAUCAACAGCGUCGGCAGCACGAAGCCCGAACUGCCCUUCGACGCGUCCGACAUCGAGCCGGUGCUGGCCGAAGAGACCCUCGGAGGCUCCGAUAUCAGCGGAGGCUUUGCCGAGUUCGGUCCGGCCUCGACCACGCCCUCCACUGGCUUCUCCGAGUUCUCAGGGUCUCCGGCGGGCAGGAACGACCCUUUCCUCAAGUCCUUCAUCGACUCCCUGCUCCUGCACAGAUCUGCCGACGGCGCUGAGUUCCUCCACCACUUCCUGGAGACGGGGAUCAACGGCACCUUCAGAGACACCGGCAGAUACACAGCCCUUGUCCCAAAUGACUCUGCCUUCUACAAGUACUACCCUAUCGACUGGGGCUUCAACCCGUUCCUCGUCGACAACUUCACGAAGGACGUCAUCCUCAACCACUUCCUCCGAGGCAGUGUCGCCCUUGAGGACCUCCCGAGCUUAGCUGAGAUGACCACCUUGGGCGGCAGCACGAUUAAGUUCACCAGGAGAGGGAAUAAGCUUCUAGCCAAUGGAGUCGAAGUUGUGCUGGAGAGUGAGUCUGUGUAUCCCCGAGGUCGUUCAUACAGCAUUCAGGAACUCCUCUUUGUCGACUAUGAGAGGGUCGAGGAACUUCUCGCCCAGCACGGAGACCUGGAGACCGCCCCGCUGUUAGGAAGUCCCUGGCCUACCUCCCAGUUCCUCUCCCACCUCCUGGAGAGAGUCGAACAGGACCCGCGCACCGCCUUCUUCGCCGAGUAUCUGAACUACACCAACUUGGCGUAUCUUCUGCCCGGCAGCGAUGACAACCUGGACCCCCUCAAGUACACAGCCUUCGUGCCCAGCAACAAUGCCCUCGCCGGUAUGCUCUACGCCGAUGCCCCCGACCCCUUCCAGCUCGACGUGGUCCUCAGGGACAACCUCAUCCUCAACCACCUGGUUCAAGGACGACUGUACGAGGACGACCUCCAAGACGGCAUUACUCUCUCCAACUUAGCCAACAACACGUUCACCGUCUCGAGGAACCCUGACGGAACCAUACAAAUCGACAACGCAACGGUUAUCGAGUCUCAAGUCUUCAUCUACAACCUUGGUAUCGUGUACCUUAUCGACGGCGUCAUUGGUGUCACUGACCAAGACGUUGUGAGAUCGAUCAACAAGUUCCCGGAUCUGAUCUUGGAGGAACCGACCGAGGAAAGCUCACCCAGCCCCGAGGAGCCAAUCGAGGACCUCUUCGGCUUCACGACCGACUUGGCUUCGAGCCCUUCACCCAAGACGACCCCACGACCCUUCCGCACCCGCUUCACCCCCGCCCCUACCACCCCAAGCCCUACCACCCGUGCUAACAGGCCCACAACCACCACGACCACCACCACGACCACCACCACGGCCGCCACCACGACCCUGAGACCCACGCCGACGACUCCUAAAAUCCGUUUCGAAACAAGGACCGAAAUCAGCAUAUCUCGACGAAUCAACGACGGAGAGGUGGAGCCGGUAACUGUGGACGAAAGCUGAUGGCAUUCAUUUGUUCUCCUUCAGGGAAUAGACAUAUAUAUAUAAAUAUAUAUAUUUCUGGUACUGAUACUAUGUUAUUUGUAUAAAUUAAAUGUUGAGUCCUAAACAAGAAAGAAAAUAAAAACAAAUAUAGAUUAAAAAGACGAGACUAAAGUGUGGGUGUGAAUAGCCCUCUCCCCCUUUACAAUGAAAGGGGGUUAAGGUCAUUUUUGAAGCUGUGGGUAUAUAUAUAUCUUUUUUCUUCGUAAGACCUCAACUUUUAGUAAAUGCCUAUUCCAUAUUUUGUGUCCUUUUUGGCGUGUCUGUAAGUAUAGUCGUUUUUUUUUUCUGAGUGUGAAAGUACAACUUUUUUUCUUUUCUGUUCUCUUUGUAAUGUAUGUCAGGAUGUCUGUUAAUUACCCUGAGCAUUGGUCAUAAAAUUAAACCCAAGUCUAUUUAAAAUGCUCUGAAUAUGAAAGAAUUCUAAUGUUCAAAUGUGAUAUAUCAGUUAUUCACAGAUAUGCAAGGAUUUCAUUAUGUCGUUUUUUUGUAUUUUGUAUAUUCUAUAUGUGCAUCAUUUUUUUAUAAUCUUGUGAGUGUCUUGUCAAGGUUUACAAUAUCUACAUCAGUUUAGUGAUGAUUUUGAGUGUGUUAUUGACUUAUAUUCUUACAAGUAAAUAAUACCAUGUGUA